ACACUUCACAAACCACCAAUCUCACUCUCAACCAAAAAUGGAUCGGAACUCUGUGCUCUCCCUCGCUUUGAUCUGCAUUGUCGUUGCCGGCGUCGGAGGCCAGUCUCCUGCAGCCUCGCCGACCACCACUCCAGCCGUCACCACCACUCCUCCUGCUACAGCCCCUUCCACACAGCCAAAACCAACAACACCAGCACCGGUUGCUUCUCCAAAACCUUCAUCACCAGCUUCACCAGCUUCUUCUCCCAAUGCUGCAACCGUAACCCCUGUAUCAGCUCCCCUAGCUUCACCUCCGUCUAAGGCCGCCGCUGCACCAGCUCCGGUGGCCAAAGCUCCGGCAUCCACACCUCCGGCGGCUGUUCCGGUGAGCUCUCCACCACCGGCACCAGUUCCUGUUGCCUCUCCACCUGCUCCUGUUCCGGUGAGCUCUCCUCCUGCACCGGCGCCGACAACUCCCGCCCCUGCUGUGACACCGACCGCUGAGGUCCCUGCUCCGGCUCCGAGCAAGUCAAAGAAGAAGGUGAAGAAGGGAAAGAAGCACGGUGCACCGGCUCCUUCACCGUUGCUAGGCCCUCCCGCACCUCCGGUUGGAGCUCCGGGACCUGACGACGCAUUAUCUCCUGGUCCAACAGCGGUUGCUGCCGACGAGAGUGGAGCAGAGACCAUCAGGUACUUGAAGAUGGUGGUAGGAAGCUUAGCUUUGGGCUUGGCUGUUUUGAUGUUCUAGAGAAGAGACACUAUUAUUACUGCUGUUGCUACGAUCGAUAUUCUUGUAUCAUUUAGUUUCUUUUUUUGGGCCUGUCAUGGACUGAGAUUAAAUUUAUUACCACCAUUAUUUCCUUGAAACUCUUAUUAUUAAUUCUAUAUUGGUGAUGUUUUUGUCAA